CCCUCUGUCACGUACAAGGCCCACUUACCAUUUUGAAGCGUGAGUCUCCAAACCAAAAUGUCAUGUGGAAAAAGAGUUUUCUCGUGUUCCUUUUCUCUCUUUCAGUUCAAAAGGCUGCACUGGAUUGUGAAAGAAUGAGAAAAACAAAUGAAUUCCCUUCUCCAAAUUUGCACUCACAAACAUAUGCUGUCAAGAGGGGUCAGAAUGUAUCUCUAUCUUGUUUCAUCCAGAACAAGGCACUACAGAUCACCUAUGUUUUGUUUCGGGGUGAGAAAUUCCUGAGUGUCCAGAAUGGAACCAUGACUUUAAACCUAACGAUUUCAGAAGCCAGUGAUUUGGGCCCCUACAAAUGCAAAGCCCAAGUUUCUAACUGUUCACAAUAUAGUCAUAAGUUCCACUUCGUAUUUGCUGACCCAGUGACUGCACCAAUGCUGAACAUUAGUGUUGUUCAAAGAAAAACAGACCAAUACAUAAUGCUACGCUGCAUCUCAUUCAAUGGCUCUCUGCCCAUCAAUUAUACUUUCUUUGAGAAAAACACAGCCAUAUCACCAGCUAUCACCAAGAGUGUAAGGGAGCCUGCUGAAUUUAACUUAAGCAAGAAUAACACUGGAGAAGGGAAAGAGUUUAGAUGUAAAGCUGAAAACAUAUUGCCUGACCAUGCAAAAUACAGUCAACUCGUCACCAUACCCUCAACAGGUGGAGACAGCUGUCCUUUCUGCCUGCAGCUACUGCUUCCAGGGUUCUUACUGGUUCUAAUAGUCAUAAUCCCCAUUCUGGCAUUUUGGAUGCUACCCAAGUACAAAGCAAGAAAAGCUAUGAAAGAUAAUGCGCCCAGAGUCUAUGGAAACACACACACAGAAGUUGGAAUAUAUGCAAAUAUCUAUAAAAACCAAGCAGAUGAGGAAUCUGUGCCAGGCUUAGAACCAAUGCAGUGUGUUUCCAAAGCCCAAGAUGGGACUGAGUACUCCCAGGAGAUACAUUAUGCCACCCCCGUGUUCCAGGAGGUGGCACCAAGAGAUCAGGAAACCUGCAAUGAUUGUAAAACUGGAUAUAUCUAUUCUGAACUUGCUUUAUGAGAUUUAAAGAUAGAAACUACAUCUCAGGGUUUUCCUUACAAUCUGGAAGACCAUAAAACUACUGCUGCCACUGCUACCCUUGUUGCCUCUGCCACAGCUGCCUCACCCAGAAACUGGAGCCCAGUGGAGUGUGGAGUUUUGCCACUGGAGACAUUUGCUUUUCAGCAGAAACCAUCACUUCCCUUCUACUUUCCCAUGUACAUGCAACUAACUGGUGGAAGAUAUUCACAGCCAUACCAUGGCAGCAAAGGAACUAAUUUUUCAGGAUUCAGACCCCACUAAAUAGAAGAAGGGCUAUGGUGUGGCUUAAGAGAGCCAAUCAAAAUAGCUACCACACUAGCCAAAAUAUCAAUCAAGACCGAGGGGGAAAUAAAGACAUUUUAAGACAAAGACUGAGAAGGAGGUUUCCCAGUCACAUUCAGCUGCACGAUGUACUUGAUGAUGAAGGAAACUGAAUACAGAGGAAGGCUAUAGGAUUCAAGAAGCAUAUGAGUAAACAGAAGUGUGUAUGUGCGCGCACGCACGUGUGGGAGGUGAGAGAAAGAGGUCUAUAAAGUUUGAAAACAUUAUAAAAUUACCAUGAUUUUGACAGUGUGGUAUGAGUAUGUGGCUGGACAGGUAGAAAAAUGUAAAUGUAACAGGACAGAAAGUCCAGAUAUAGAUCUAAAUACAUAUGGGAGUUUAGUAUAUGAAAAAUAUGGCAUUUUAAAUCAAUGGGGAAGAGACAAUAUUCAAUACAUUGUAAAAACUUGAGAACCAUAUUUAAUAAGUUAGAACUCCACUUCAUUCUUUAUGACAAAAUUAAUUCAGCUAGCUCAAAUAUUAAAAUAUCUAAAAAUGAAGCCACGGAAGUGCCAGAAGGAAACAGGAGGAAUUUUAUAAUAAUCUUUAAUAGGGAAAGACUUUCCUAGGUAUGACUCACA